CCAUAGCUGCCCACACAGCAGUCAUCAUCAUGGGGCAUCUACUCUCAAUGUACAGCCAGCCCUAUUGUCUGACUACACAAACACACAGACCAGCAGGACAGGCGGGGACAACAGGUCGCAGCAGCACUAGAGUGAGAGGAGCUCUACUCCAAUCAUAUGACCAGACGGCGCCCGCUGCGAGCAUGCGCGGCAGAGCACGGGACACGUGCGCAUGUUUACGUUCCUUCUCACAGGUCGUGACGUCAGCACCGGCCUGACAGCUUUGUUGUCUCCAUCGUCCUGAGAAGGGGGAGGUCGCUGCUGAGGGCAGAGAGGAGGAGGCAGCGGCGGCGGUGGCGAGGAGUCCGGUCGGCGGUAGAGGAGACUACGUGAUGCGGGUGGAAGCCGAGGAGGUCAUGCUGGAGAUAAGACGGGCGACAACGGAAGGAGAACGGGGCCGCUGCCCGGUGACGGUUAACGAGGCGCCCAUGACCGCCGAGCAGCGCGGCCGCUGAUGACAACAACAACAAUAGGGGCACAAGUGUAGAGAGAUCCGGCCGCAGACACCGGGCGCAGCGCCACUCGCAGGGAUCCAUCCGCCGCCGGAGCCGCGCACGUAUACAGCUAGUCCGCAGCGGAUGAGGCUGUGAGGGGGCCCCGGCGACAUGUCGUUCUCUCUGGAGGACACGCUGGAGUCGGACUGGGUGGCCGUGCGGCCCAAUGUCUUCGAGGAGAAGGAACGGCACAAGUUCGUGUUCAUAGUGGCCUGGAACGAAGUGGAAGGCAAGUUCGCCAUCACCUGUCACAACCGGACCGCGCAGCGGCAGCGGAGCGCCGACAAGGGGGGCAGCCGGAGCCCCUCCCGGAGGGAAGAGCCGGAGGGCAGCCCCGUGAGGAGGGACACGACGCCGUCCGGCAGCCCCGCUCGGGAGGCUGAGCAGCAGGACGAGGACUGCAGCUGGGCCGGCCUCUUCUCCUUCCAGGACCUGCGGGCCGUGCACCAGCAGCUGUGCUCCGUCAGCGCCGAGCUGGAGCACUGUCUGCCCGCCUUCCCCGAGGAGCCGUCCGGCAUGUGGUCCGUGCUGUUCGGGGCCCCGGAGCUGAGCGAGGAGCAGGUGGAGGAGCUGAGCAGCCGCCUGCAGCAGUACCUGGGCCACAGCCUGGACACCUGCGGCUGGAAGAUCCUGUCCCAGGUGCUGUUCACGGAGAGCGACGACCCGGAGGAGUACUACGAGAGCCUGAGCGAGCUGCGGCACAAGGGCUACGAGGAGGCGCUGCAGCGGGCCCGGCGGGGGCUGCACGAGCUGUUGGAAAAGCAUAAAGCCACGGAGAACAUGGUGGAUCUGCUGGAGUUGUAUCAGAUGGAGGAUGACGCGUACAACGCUGUCGUAGAGGCCACUACAGAGUUUUAUCAGUACUUGUUACAGCCUUUCCGAGACAUGAGGGAGCUCGCUAUGUUAAGGAGGCAGCAGAUUAAGAUUUCUAUAGAAAAUGAUUACUUGGGCCCCAGACGAAUUGAAAGCCUGAAGAAGGAAGAUGCGGACUGGCAGAAGAAAGCUCAUAUGGCCGUGCUCUCUAUUCAAGACUUAACUGUUAAGUACUUCGAAAUCACAGCAAAAGCUCAGAAAGCUGUCUCUGAUCGGAUGCGAGCAGACCAGAAAAAGUUUGGAAGGACUACCUGGACGACGGCAGUGGAACGCAUGGAAAAACUUCAGUACGGGGUUUCUAAAGAGACAUUGCAGUUGAUGAGAGCAAAGGAAAUCUGUCUUGAACAAAAGAAGCAUGCACUAAAGGAGGAGAUGCAGAGUUUACAUGGUGGAACAGAAGCAAUAGCCAUAUUAGACCAAUUAGAAGCGGACUAUUACGAUCACCAGCUUCAGCUCUAUGAAGUACAGUUUGAGAUUCUCAAGUGUGAGGAGCUGCUGCUCACAGCUCAACUGGAAAGCAUUAAGCGGCAGAUUUCAGAGAAAAGAGAGGAAGUGGUUUAUUAUGAUACAUAUGAAAGUAUGGAGGCAAUGCUCGAUAUAGAAGACAUGGCAUCAUCCAUACAUUUACAGAUGGAAGAGUUGCAUAAACUUCAGCUAAAAGUUCGGCAGCUGGAGGCAAAACGAGGCCGAAUUUCAGCGAAAAAAGCCUACCUCAGAAAUAAAAAGGAGAUUUGCAUCGCUAAGAACAGUGAAAAGAUGCAGCAGCGUCUUCAGACUGAUGAGCAGUAUAGACUUCAUCAUGCCACACCAAUAGCACGAGACAAACUACAAGAUGAAGAAGAUCGCAAAAACACUUGGGUUACUCAGGAGCGCCAAAAAACAUUGGACAGGCUACGCACAUUUAAGCAGCGACAUCCUGGGCAAGUGAUCUUUAAAUCAACAAGACUGCGCUUGACUCAUAGUAGAAGAAAGACCAUGAAAAGUUGCCCCAGUGUUGAUGAACCACAGUCCCUCUCUGUCAGUAUUCAGACACAGGGGACACUUGAUAUGGAGUCACCAGAAAACAUGCAACCUUUGGAGCUCAAAAACCUAAAACUUGAAGAGAAUAUAUUACCUCCUGAUGUAGAUACCUCUGGACUUCAGGAAACCACUUCUCUCCCGACUUUAACUCACAAAACACUUGAAGCUAAUGCUGUGCAACCCCUUUCCCUUCCAUUGUCCUCCCCACCACCCCCGCCACCACCUCCGCCACCUCCUCCACCUCACAAGAAAGAAGUUAAUCCUUUAGAAGUCAGAGUUAUUCAUGUUAAGAAGGAGUCAGAAGAGACUGCACCCCAAACACCUUCCAGCGGCCCAUUGUCCCAGUUAUUUGACAGCAGUCAGCUUCUCAGUGCCAGAGAAAAACUGAAGAAAACUGGAGAUCUGGAGGGCAUACAAAGGAGAAGAGUAAGCUCCCCAAUGGAUGAAGUCCUGGCAUCCCUGAAACGUGGUAGUUUUCACCUGAGGAAGGUGGAACAGCGAGCCUUAGCUCCUUUCCCAGAUGAGGAUGACAGUGAUAACAUAUUAGCUCAAAUCAGAAAAGGGGUAAAAUUGAAGAAAGUACAAAAGGAUGUUUUAAAAGAAUCCUUCGCCCUUCUGCCUGACACCGACCCACUGACACGCAGCAUUCACGAAGCACUUAGACGGAUCAAGGAGGCCUCGCCUGAAUCAGAAGAUGAGGAGGAGAGCUUGCCUUGCACAGAUUGGGAGAACUAACUGGUGGAUCUCAUGAACCCUUGAGCUAUCCACAGCCAAACGGAAUUGCUUUUGCUGCAUGAAGAAACGAAAGAGGAGGCCAGUAUGUCAGGUACAUUCCACUAUAGAGAAGCCUCAUACAACGACAGAUCCGAUGGCAACCAUGACAUACUUUACGUAAUGGAUGUUUUGGCCUUUCCUCAGCUUCCAAAUCCAGUUUUUAUCUUCAUGUCGCGUAUUGGCCAGUUCAAAGGUUUGGUAUUUUUAUGGCAAACACUAUUCACUUAUUUGUUAUGUCGGAGUCAACAAAUGACAUCUUUAAAAUCCAUAUCACUGGAUGCACUGAACCCAGUCCACCUGGAGGAGAAGGACGAAAACUGACCUCCUUUUCAGCAACUGUAUUAAUCAGAAGCAGAAUGUGUCCUGCUUACUCCAAUCGAGGGUCCAAUGGAUUGCAGUAACAUUACGGUGAGGCGGCCACGGUUUGGUGCUUACCAUUACUUAAUAUUACAGCAUAUCUGGUAAGGUCCACCUGAGACUUUGGUCUGACGUCUCUCACCCUCUUUCCCUUCAAGACUAUUGUGUUGCCAUGGACGAAGAGCUUUUUCCAUGCACAAAUACAUGUAGCUGCUCCCGCCACCGAUUACGUACUGUACAUAAGGAGCAGUUAGUCAUUUUACUAAUUCUUAUAUUUUUUGCAUUUUUAAUAUUUGUUGGCUUUUAAUUUUUUUGGUCUUAAUUAUUUUUUUGCAAUAUCGUUUUGACUUCCUUACCGGGUUUCCUAAGGAAAAUGCAAAAUUUAUAUUUAUACAUCAAACUUUCAGAAGAACCUAGUAUUAUUUACUGUGCAUAUUUUCUUUGAUACGGCCGUUUAGCAUUUAGCGUGUGAUGGCCGUUCUGUGGUCUCUAGGGAAAGCGCCCCAUAACAGAUUAUUUUUAACCAACCUGCUUACCUAAAUUCACUACUAAUUGAAGGAUUUAGGUUAAGCAUUGGGUUUGGCUGCUCCGCUUACUACUUAUACUGUAGGUGUCACACACACAGUCUAUUUUGCUUAGUUUUGAUAAAACCAAAAAUAACAUUUGCUUGGUAGAUAAAACUAUUUUCUGUAGAAAUGAACUGAAUUCCGAUGUGCAGGCAUGAUGCUCAUGUGAAGCUUUUGCAUCCAAUUUCUCCAAGUAGUACAUAGCAUGCACAGUGAUAAAUCGGCAACGUGCUUUUCUACAUAUGUCAAUGAAUUGUAAAUCAUUACAACCCCAAUAUUUUAGGGUUUCAUCCUGUAAAUACCACUUUGCAGUGGUUUUUGUAUUACUGUGUUCAGAUGGUUGAGAUCCCCUUGGCUGUGAAGUAUGGAGUGACCCGGAGAGAAAAUGUCCCUCCUAUCCAUGCUUUCAUCAACCUACUUUGCUUUCUUUACUGAAAAACGCCAGCAGGGAUUGUUGGAACCAAGUUGAUGUAGUUUACCUCACUCUAUAUGUAAAAUAUCUGGUAAGUUAUAGGGGGACGAAAGUUAAAAAUAUAUAUAUGUGGUCAGUAAGUUUUAACUUUGUCUCUCCAGUGGUGCAUCGGGAUCAAUAAAUUUGGGGCUGUUGCUUCACCUUUGGCUAGGAGGCAGAUUUCUGCAGCAGAAUGCCCCCCCCAGACCAAGCAAACAAAGCCCUGCCCACCUUAGUUAUUUCCCUUUUGCUCACCCUUUCCUAGUUAAUGAUGGUUCAGUGCCUCAGUUAUAACCUGACUCUUUAGGCUGGAAACACGCAUGCCGUUUUUAAAGGGGUUUUUCUUAGAGUUCAGUAUUGAUGUCCCGUCAUCCAUAGCUGAUCGGUCGGGUCUGACUCCGUUCACCCCCGCCAAUCAGCUGUUUGAAAAGACCGUGGCCCUCUAGUGACAGAUGUGGCCUCUUCCAAGGUCUAUAACGUUGUGUUAAUUGGCCUCAUGGCCUAGGUGUGCAGCUCAGUCUCUUUUGAGUGAAAGAGCCUGGGCUGCAGUACCAAGCACAGCCACUAUACAAUGUAAGGAGAAUUAGCGCCUCUUUAACUAGCUGUUCGGCAGGGGUGCCAGGAGUCGGACCCCCACCGAUCAGAUAUUGAUGGACCUAUCUUGAGGAUAGGCCAUCAAUAGUGAACUCUUGAAAAACCCUUUGAUUUGCAGUUUUUUUAAGACAAUAUUUGCAUCAAAGCCAGUAAUGGAUCCAACAGGAAGUAGUGGUUUAAGGCCUUCCUUCUUCUUUUGGCAAAAAAAAAUAAAACUGGCAAAAACGACAGGAGCGGUUCCAGCCUUAUACCAACAUUUUUGGUUGUUGGAUUAUUAUUAUUUUUUUUUAUUAUUAUUAUUUUUUAUUGUUACCUACUAAAAUGGUGUACAUUGCCUACUAGGUAAAAAGACUGAGUGUGACAUUGUUAGUUUUUCCUCCCAUAUUAUUAUGGUAAAUGUAUACAGAUAUUUUUUUAAAAUCUUUGCCACUCACCUUUAUAUAACACAAUAUCUUUAAAAAAUAUAAACUAUGCAAACUAUUGUUUUAAAAGCUCUUAGCGCUAACUUGGCACUGUGAAUGCUGGGAGAACUGUGAGUCUGGUGUUUUUGAGUGCUAACGUAAAUCCACUAAAUUUGCUCUUUUUUUGGUUGAAGUGAACCUGGGACUCGUUUCUGGUAUAUAAGAUUUGAGUAUAGAUAUAAUCCACAGGAAAUCUUUGCAAGUCAGCUGGUUUUUAUUGGAAACAGUCAAGAACCUUUUCACCAGAUAAGUCUUCUGACAGCUUUGUUCCGUUUCUGCAGUGAGAAAGUGGGAUUUUCUUUUUUUCUCUACACUGUCUGAUGUAAAGAUGACACUUCCCAGAAAGCGAGUUGUUAGAAUAAGGUCCCUUAGGCAUCUUUCAGACGAGCGUGCCCUGAAAGUAUAACUCUGUAGAAGUAAGUUUGCGCAGAGACACACAGCAUUAUAAAUCACUAUAAUGCCGUCCGCUCCUGAGAAAUGAGCAAUGUCCUUAACGGGGAAUCACGCUCACACACGAAGAGUGAUUUCCACACAGGACACUCAUCUCAAACAGACCUGACAGAGAUAUACCCUCCAGGGGAUACUGGGAGAUUACAGUCCUGACAAUAAUAAUGGCAGCUGCUCCAGCUCAAUGCAGAAAAAGUAAUGUACGGUAGGUUUACAUGUAAAAUGAUGCUAAAAGUUGGAAAUAAUGCGUUAAAUUCCUCGGUCAUUGUCUGUUAAAGGUCUUGUCUAGCUUAUUUAAAAAGCUUCCCAAAGCCUCUAAAUGUGUAAACAUAAAAAUAAAAUGGUAUAUUCGCCGCUUAACUAGCUGCUGUUUCUAGCGUUGGUGCUCCAGUGUGUUUACAUGGCUGCAGUGGUGAUUUAGCUGUAUAUCCCACGUGACUGCUGCAGCCAAUCACUAGUCUCAGCAGUCUCUAAUGUCAGUGAUUGGCUGCAACGGUGAUGUGGGGUAUAUGGCUACGUCAUCGAUGCAGCCAAGUAAUCAAAUAUCAGUGAGAUGCUGAGUGGCGUCACUGUAUUCAUUGAGGAGUAUAGAUAGUUAGACAAUCCCUUUAAUCCAAGAGAGGCCAUUUCUACUUGAUAUAAACUUAUCAUAAGUGUAAGGCCUCAUGCACUUGUCGGUUGCCUGGCUGUGCCUGUAUUUCAGCCCACAAACAGUGGGUCCACAAUAUAUGGACACUGGCCGUGUGCACACUGUAUCACAGAUGCGGACCCGUUCACUUGAACGGGUCCGCAAUACGAAAGGUGUGGUGUAGAACUGAGGCAUGGAACCCCACUAAAGCACUACAGAGUGCGUCCAUGGGGUUUCUCUCCAUGCCUCCGCAGCGCAAAGAAAUAGAACAUGUUCUAUUUUUUUUGUGGUGCAGACAGGUCACGUACCCAUUCAAGUUGAAUGGGUCUGGAUCCGUCCCGGCCGUUGCACAGGUGGGGCCCGUGUAUUGGGGACCAUAAAUUGUUUUGUGUGCAUGAGGCCUAAAAGGAAGAGAGAGCAGAAUAGCUACCUUUUAGUUUCCAUUCAAAUAAAUAGAACGAGCCGUUGUAAUUACACUGCAGUGACUCUGCGAAUGAGACUUCAAACACCUGAUCAGUAGGGGUCCUGGGAGUUGGACCUUCCGCCAGUCUGAUAUUGAUGACCUUUUUCUGAGGAUAGGUCAUCAAUGUCUUUGCAGUGGGAAACCCCUUUAAUCAGUUACCCCCACAUUAAACAUCUCGCUUUGAAUGAGAUGCGAGAAGCAAGUGCCCAUUCUUUACAAAUUUGCAAGGAACGGCCGCACAGCUCGAGAAGAAAAUGAAGUCCUGGUGAGAUUUAUUCCUUUUUUUUUUUUUUUUUUACUGAAUAUUUAGCAUUUUGCACAUAAUAUGUAUUAUGAAGUUCAUUUUGGAAUAUUUGUGCCUUUUUGAAAUACCUGUAGGUUUCUAUAUAUACUGUCCCCAGCGAUAUAAUUUAUUUAAGCUCUGCUUUGUACGAGAGGUGACAGAUUUGUAUCUUUAAUAUCAUCGCCGUGUGUGUGUGUGUGUGUGUUUUCUGUGUAAUUUAGGAGAUGAAAAGUUAAUAACCCACCAAAUACUUGCUUCCCUUUUUUUUUACUUAUCAAAAAAUGCACCAACAUCUAACAAACUAAAAAAUAAAAUACCGUAACAUAAAAGCCAUAUUCAUAGACAUGCUCUAUUUCCUCAUUAGCAUGCUGUUUCUUAUUAAUUUUACUCAAUUUAUAUAACGCUGACAUAUUCUUCAGCGCUUUACAGACAUUGCUGUACCCAAUGGGGCUCACAAUCUAAGUUCCCUAUCAGUCUUUGGAGUGUGGGAGGAAACCCACGCAAACAUGGGGAGAACUACAAACUCCAUGCUGCCCCAUAUUAUGAUUUUAUGCCGCAAUAUUCAACAUGCCAUCAUUGUCAUUUGUUUUAAAGGCGCCAGCAGGAUCAGUUAUUUGUCGGCAGAUCAGGAUAGGUUGCAAUCCCUUUUACGCCUCCACAAGAUAGCGGAUUUCAAGCUAUCCCUACUUCAUUGAGGUGACACGCAGUUCUACCAUAUCUUGAUCAGUAGGUUCCUGUGGUAAUUAGCUAUCGUGGCUUUCAAUGAAAUGAUCUUGUGUCCAAUAAUUAUUUUCUAUCUAGCCAUCUAAAAAAAAAAACUGCUUUUCUGGUAAAUGACUGCAAUGGCCUGCUUUUUUCAUCGAAGAUGUUUUUUUGUUCUGUUCUUCUUUUUUUUUUUUUGGGUGUUUUGUACUGAAAUUCAAAGCUGAACAUGGACAUACACUUAUUUUUAUUAUUUCCCUUUAAAGGGGAUGUCUGAUUUGGAUAUCAAUAUAUAAAAUAUAGUCACCCAAGUGAUCAGCUGUUGACAGGAAACGUUGUAUGUUCACAUGAAUAAGCAUUUCAUACAGGGUUAUACGGAGUCCACCAGAGCUCUGGCUCAUAGUGGGGGACUCCCGCUAUGAAGUACCAAUGGCCUAAUUACCCACAUGGAAAGGAAUUGUCCAUAUGAGGGACAGCCCCUUCAAGUUAUAACUUCAUCUGCCAAAGUGUGUCAUCAUAAAAUGUCCUAUUGUUUAAAAAAAAAAAUUUUUUUUGUUUUUACCGUCAUUUUCCAUGUCACUAUAUUUAAAAAAAAUUUCAUAUAAUCCUGCAAUUUUUGCACUGCCCACUAGGCCUAAUAAUGGGUCAUGAUUUUCUGUUCUGUACAGGUAACUUUUAAGCAGAAUUACAAUGAGAAGUAACAUCUCUGUAUAGAUAAGAAUGGAUCCACCAUUCACAAUAGGUGAUAUCACAGCUUAUCUUCUCCCUCCUGACCUCUAUACAGGUCACAGAACUGUCUAGAAAAUUCUCCCAUAGAAGUCAGUGGGAUUCCCUCUGGUCCAUUGUGUCUAUGGCCCAUGUGGCUGCUCUCAGAAAACAGGGAGUCUUGACAUAUCUUAGACCUACAUAAAAUAUAGAUAGCAACAUGGGGGGAAAAAAAAUAAUCACCAAAAUCCUUAACAUAAAAAGCGAUUUAAACACUGCUUUUUUCUGAUUGCACAUUCCCUAUAAUCUAACAAUAUAUACCUAUAGGGGAAAACGUAUUGUGAAAAUAAUUAGUCAGUCCUUUGCCGUAGUAAGAUUGAGACCAUUUUUGUGACUUUUUAAAAACUUGCAGUUCCUAAAUCUGGCUUCACUGAGCGUAAAUGGUGAAUAUUCUUUCAAAAUACAUUUUUUAUAUGUCAUAGAGACAUGUCAAAAGUCUUAGUGCUGAGACCCUCACGAUCCCUAGAACAAGGAGAGAGAAGCCCAUGCAUAUGGCACUAUCUCACCUCUCUGCUGAGGACUGAAUCGAGACUGGCCCAUAGACUUCUAUAGAGCCCAUCUAGUGCAGGGAGGAGAGGGCACAAUAUGCACGUGCUUCUCUCCCCUCAUCCACAGAUCUAAACUUUUGAUAUGUCUUUAUGGCAUUUCAAAAGUUUUUUUGAAAAGUUAAUGACCCUUUAAGGCCCCUUUCGGACGAUCAAGUCUCACGCUCUGGACUCGCAGCGUGGGUAUGCAGCAGCACCCGUCCUGCCCUUCCAGCACUGUCGGUGGUCCCAUAGCAUUUUAUUGAUUUUAUGAUGCUAUGU